AUGCUCCCGCCCGAGAAGACCCUAAAUGGUGCUGACCAUUUUGACUCUGGCCUUCGGAACUCUGGACAAGAGCCUGACAACAAUGUACCCAACGCUAUUACUGCCAGCAUUGAUCCCAACCAACCUCUCUCUGAGCAAGCUCAGCUCCCACUGGAUGAGGGAACAACUCCGAACACCUUCGACCUGGAGCUCCUCGGUCAAUUUUCUGCCGUGAAUGCCAACGUCUCAUCGAGUAUGGCUGCUGCUGUUGCUGAGUUCCUGGAUUCGAUAUACCCCCUUCCUGCGGUCGAUACUACACAGUAUUCGCUCCAAGGCUACCUAGUUCAGCAACAAGUCAUUUCUGGGGUCCCGGGAGAUCAAAUUCGGGCUAUGCGUACCAGCCGUCCACCCCAAGUGAAUUUUGCUCGCGAUGGCAAGAUGUCUUAUGCUCCUCGCGAGCUAUGUCAAUGGAUUGUGACACCAGCCGGGAUUAUGAUGAAUAAUCUCAGACAAGCAUGCUAUCGCGGCAAGCUUGCCGAACUUCCUGUCGAUAUCUGGCUUCCAGUCCCACCGUCCUGGAGCAACAACGGCAGUAACGAGAUUCGUGCACUGGACUCUCAUCCUCCAAAUACCCCUCCUUCUGCCUUGUCACCUUUUACAUCUGUCCACGAACGCCAGAGUUUUAUUAAUUUCUACGUGGAACAUUUUGCUACGCCUGCAUACCUUGCCAAUCUGAAUGGUCUCCAAGAUCAGCACGGAGCUGGGCAUGACACUGCUGCAAGUGGAUUGUUCAACCGCCAGGGAUCUCCCGACAGCACUGAUGACACUGAUGACACUGAUGUCACUGAUGAGAUGGAUGAAGAUGAGAACUGA